AACAAAAUCUAGAUGGAAAACAGAGAUUGUGGUUGUGGCUUAGCUAACAAAAAGUGGGCCCCUCAAUAUCAAAAAAAUAAAAAACAAACCACUUCUAAUUGGUCUAAACACAAGUAAUCUUAUCCACAAUUCAACCCUCUAAUUCUCUAACCAUUCAUCAAAACUCAUACACUUGCUUGAUAUCUCUCUCUACACUCCCUCAAUCAACCACCAAUCCAAACACAACAACAACAAUCAAAUUAUGGCCAUGGCAACUCAAGCCACCCUCUUCUCCCCAUCUUCUCUCUCCUCCGCAAAACCCAUUGACACCCGCCUCACCACCUCUUUCAAACAACCCUCCGCCGUCACUUUCGCCUCCAAGCCCGCCUCCCGCCACCACUCUAUCCGGGCAGCCGCUGCAGCUGAAGGCAAAGCUGCCGCCGCAACUGAAACCAAGGAAGCACCUAAAGGUUUCACCCCUCCUGAGUUGGACCCUAACACUCCCUCCCCCAUCUUUGCUGGAAGCACAGGUGGGCUAUUGAGGAAGGCACAAGUAGAGGAGUUUUACGUGAUAACAUGGGAAUCACCAAAAGAGCAAAUAUUCGAGAUGCCAACAGGAGGAGCAGCAAUAAUGAGGGAAGGACCAAACUUGCUAAAAUUAGCACGUAAAGAGCAAUGUUUAGCACUUGGAACAAGACUUAGGUCUAAAUACAAGAUUAAGUACCAAUUUUACAGGGUUUUCCCAAGUGGUGAAGUUCAAUAUUUACACCCUAAAGAUGGUGUUUACCCAGAAAAGGUUAACCCUGGUAGACAAGGUGUUGGGUUAAACAUGAGGUCUAUUGGUAAGAAUGUUAGCCCUAUUGAGGUUAAAUUUACUGGCAAGCAACCUUAUGAUUUGUAAUAACUUUUUAUCUUAUUUUCAUCAUGUUCAUGCUACUAUGUUUUGGACAAAUACAAUGUGAUUAUUUUAGAAUUUGGAUUAUUGUAACAUGAAUGAAUGAUAUUUUAUCUAGCUA